AUGGGUUCCCUGUGGAGCUGGUGGACGCUCUGGGCCGCAGUAACCCUCCUGGGCGCCCUGAUCGCCCCCCAGGAGCCCUCCUGCGAAGGCGUGACCUGUGGCCCUGGCCAGCACUGCCAGGUGGUGGGCGGGAAGGCCACGUGCGUGGCGGAGCCCACGGCCACGUGCCGCGCCCAGGGAGACCCCCACUACACCACGUUCGACGGGCGGCGCUACGACAUGAUGGGCACGUGCACGUACUCGAUGGCCGAGCUGUGCGGCACGGACGACAGCCUGCCGGCCUUCAGCGUGGAGGCCAAGAACGAGCACCGCGGCAGCCGGCGCGUGUCCUACGUGGGCUUCGUCACCGUGCGCGCCUACAGCCACGCCGUGUCGCUGGCCCGCGGGGAGGCGGGCUUCGCCCGGAUCGACAGCCAGCGCUUCCGCCUGCCCGUGUCCCUCAACGACGGUCGCCUGCGUGUGUACCAGAGCGGGCCGAGGGCUGUGGUGGAGCUGGACUUCGGCCUGGUGGUCAGCUACGACUGGGACUGCCAGCUGGCCCUGAGCCUGCCCACGCGCUUCCAAGAUCAGGUGUGCGGGCUGUGCGGCAACUAUAACGGAGACCCCGCCGACGACUUCCUCACCCCCAACUGGGACCAGGCGCCCAACGCCGAGGAGUUCGGCCAGAGCUGGAAACUGGAUGAUGGCGACUACCUGUGCCAGGACGGCUGCCAGGACAACUGUCCCUCCUGCACGCCCGGCCAGACCCAGCACUACCAGGGCGACCGUGUGUGUGGCAUGCUGGCCCUGCCGGGAGGCCCCUUCGCCGCCUGCCACGCCAGCCUGAACCCCCAGCCCUUCCUGGAGGAGUGUGUGUACGACCUGUGUGCAGCCAGCGGGGACCGGCUCAGCCUGUGCCGCAGCCUCAGCGCCUACGCCCAGGCCUGUCUGGAGCUCGGCAUCGCCGUCGGGGACUGGAGGUCACCCGCCAGUUGUCCCCUGUCCUGUCCUGCCAACAGCCGCUAUGAGCUCUGUGGUCCGGCCUGCCCGGCCACCUGCAACCCUGUGGCCAUGCCGGCCAACUGCUCAGGCCUCCCGUGCGUGGAGGGCUGCGUGUGCCUGCCGGGCUUCGUGGCCAGCGGCAGCGCCUGCGUGCCCUCCGCGUCCUGCGGCUGCAUCUUCCAGGGCCGCCUGCUGGCGCCCGGCCAGGAGGUGUGGGGCGAUGACCAGUGCCAGCAACGCUGCACCUGCGACGGCACCACCCAGCAGGUGCGCUGCGACAACUCGCAGGGCUGCCCCCCGGGCGAGCUCUGCAGCGUCCAGGGCGGCCUGCUGGGCUGCUACCCCGACCGCUUCGGGACCUGCCAGGCGACCGGGGACCCGCACUACCUGAGCUUCGACGGCCGGCGCAUCGACUUCAUGGGCACCUGCACCUACCUGCUGGCCGGCUCCUGUGGCCAGAACGCCAUGCUGCCCGCCUUCCGCGUGCUGGUGGAGAACGAGCACCGGGGCAGUCAGACGGUCAGCUACACGCGCGCCCUGCGCCUGGAGGCCCGUGGCGUGGUGGUGGCCCUGCGGCGGGAGCACCCCGGACAAGUGCUGGUGGACGGUGUCCUUCAGCAUCUGCCCUUCCAGGCGGCAGACGGGCAAAUCCAGGUGUUCCGGCAAGGCAACGAUGGCGUUGUGCGCACCGACUUUGGCCUGACGGUCACCUACGACUGGAACGCCCGCGUGACAGCCCAGGUGCCCGGCAGCUAUGCCGGGGCCCUGUGCGGGCUCUGCGGCAACUUUGACGGGAACCCAAAGAAUGACCUGGCUCUGAAGGGCGGGGGCCAGGCGGCCAGCGCACUGGACUUCGGGAAUAGCUGGCAGGAGGAGACGAGGCCAGGCUGCGGGGCGACCGAGCCGGGUGACUGUCCCAAGCUGGACUCCAUGGUGGCCGAGCAGCUGCAGAGCAAGAAGGAGUGCGGCCUCCUCGCCGACCCCGAGGGGCCCUUCCGCGAGUGCCACAGCCUGGUGGACCCACAGGGCGCCGUGCAGGACUGUGUCUACGACCAGUGUCUGAUGCCCGGGCAGCAGGGGGCACUGUGUGACGCUUUGGCUGCCUACGCCGCCGCGUGCCAGGCUGCCGGGGGCACCGUGCACCCCUGGAGGAGCGAGGAGUUCUGCCCACCCACCUGUCCAGCAAACAGUCACUAUGAGGCCUGUUCCUACGGCUGCCCGCUGUCCUGCGGAGACCUCCCUGUGCCCGGGGGCUGUGGCUCCCACUGCCAGGAGGGCUGUGUGUGUGAUGAGGGCUUCGCGCUCAAUGGCGAGACCUGCGUGCCCCUGGCCUCCUGCGGCUGCGUGCACCAAGGUGCCUACCACCCACCCGGAGAGACCUUCUACCCCGGCCCUGGCUGCGAGUCCCUCUGCCACUGCCAGGAGGGUGGCCUGGUGUCCUGCGAGCCCAGCGGCUGUGGCCCGCACGAGGCCUGCCAGCCGUCUGCCGGCGUCCUGGGCUGCGUGGCUGUGGGCUCGGCCACCUGCCAAGCGUCGGGAGACCCCCACUACACCACCUUUGACGGCCACCGCUACGACUUCAUGGGCACCUGCGUGUACGCGCUGGCCCGGACCUGUGGGACCCGGCCCGGCCUGCACUCCUUCGCCGUCCUGCAGGAGAACGUGGCCUGGGGCAACGGGCAAGUCAGUGUGACCAGGGUGAUCACCGUCCAGGUGGCCAACUUCACCCUGAGGCUGGAGCAGAAUAAGUGGCAGGUCACGGUGAACGGCGUGGACAUGAAGCUGCCCGUGGUGCUGGCUGACAGCCGGAUCCGGGCCUCCCAGCACGGCUCAGACGUGGUGGUGGAGACGGACUUCGGCCUGCGCGUGGCCUACGACCUCGUGUACUACGUGCGGGUCACCAUCCCCGGCAACUACUACCGGCAGCUGUGUGGCCUGUGCGGGAACUACAACGGGGACCCCCAGGACGACUUCCAGAAGCCGGAUGGCUCCCAGGCAGGCGGCCCCAAUGAGUUCGGCAACUCCUGGGAGGAGGCGGUGCCCGGCUCGCCCUGCCUGCCACCGCCCACCUGUGCGCCUGGCGAGGAGGGCUGCCCCCCGGGCACCCAGUGCCCGCCCGACCUGGAACAGAAGUACCAGCAGGAGCAGUUCUGCGGAUUCCUCACCAACCCCACGGGGCCGCUGGCCGCCUGCCACAAGCUGCUGGCCCCCCAGGGCCCCCUGCAGGAGUGCGUCUUCGACCUCUGCCUGGGCGGGGGCAACCUCAGCAUCCUCUGCAGCAGCGUCCACGCCUACGUCAGUGCCUGCCAGGCCGCCGGAGGCCACGUGGAGCCUUGGAGAAGCGAGGCUUUCUGCCCGAUGGCGUGCCCCCCCAACAGCCACUACGAGCUGUGUGCGGACACCUGCUCGCUGGGCUGCUCGGCCCUCAGCGCCCCCCCGCAGUGCCCCGACGGCUGUGCUGAGGGCUGCCAGUGCGACCCCGGCUUCCUCUGGGACAGCCAAGGCUGCGUGCCCAUGGAGAAGUGCGGCUGCUACCACGAGGGAGUCUACUACGAGCCCGAGCAGACCGUCCUCAUUGACAACUGCCAGCAGAAGUGCGUGUGCCACGCGGGGCGGGGCAUGGUGUGCGAGGCCCACAGCUGCAAGCCCGGGCAGGUGUGCCAGCCCUCAGACGGGGUCUUGAGCUGCAUCACCAAAGACCCGUGCCACGGCAUGACGUGUCGGCCACAGGAGACCUGCAAGGAGCAGGGAGGCCAGGGCGUGUGCGUGCCCAACUACGAGGCCACGUGCUGGCUGUGGGGCGACCCGCACUACCACUCCUUCGACGGCCGGGACUUCGACUUCCAGGGCACCUGCAGCUACGUGCUGGCAGCAGCUGGCUGCCCCGGGGUCAGCGCCCAGGGCCUGACACCCUUCACCGUCACCACCAAGAAUGAGAACCGGGGCAACCCCGCUGUGUCCUACGUGAGGCUGGUCACUGUGUCUGCCCUGGGCACCAACAUCUCCAUCCACAAGGGAGAGAUCGGCCAAGUCCGGGUGAACGGGGUGCUGAGGGCGCUGCCCGUCUCCGCGGCUGGUGGGCGCCUGGUAGUGACCCAUGGUGCAUCAAAGGCGGUGUUGGCGGCCGACUUCGGGCUGCAGGUCACCUACGACUGGGACUGGCGGGUGGAGGUGACACUGCCCAGCAGUUACCACGGCGCGGUGUGCGGGCUCUGCGGAAACAUGGAUGGCAACCCAGGCAACGACCAGGCCUUCCCCAACGGCACGCUGGCACCCUCCAUCCCCGUCUGGGGCGGCAGCUGGCGGGCCCCAGGCUGGGACCCGCUGUGCUGGGACGUGUGUCAGGGCGACUGCCCAACGUGUCCCGCAGACCGGCAGGAGGAAUAUGAGGGCCCUGGCUUCUGCGGGCCCCUGGCCCCUGGGGCGGGAGGCCCCUUUGACAAGUGCCAUGCCCACGUGCCGCCCGAGAGCUUCUUCAAGGGCUGCGUGCUGGACGUCUGCCUGGGCGGCGGGGCCCUGGACAUCCUCUGCCAGUCGCUGGCCGCCUAUGCCGCCGCCUGCCAGGCUGCAGGGGUCACCAUCGAGGACUGGCGGGAGCAGGCAGGCUGCAGCAUCACCUGCCCAGACAACAGCCACUAUGAGCUCUGUGGCCCACCCUGCCCAGCCAGCUGCCCAUCCCCUGCGCCCCCCUCAGGGCCCAGCCUCUGUGAGGGCCCCUGUGCGGAGGGUUGCCAGUGUGACCCGGGCUUCGUGCUGAGUGUUGACCACUGCGUGCCCCUGGACGGGGGCUGUGGCUGCUGGGCCAACGGCACCUAUCACGAGCCUGGCAGCGAGUUCUGGGCCGAUGGCACCUGCUCCCGGCGCUGCCGCUGCGGGCCCGGGGGCGGCUCCCUGGUCUGCAGACCCGCCAGCUGUGGGCUGGGUGAAGAGUGUGCCCUCCUGCCCUCGGGCCAGCACGGCUGCCACCCCAUCAGCACAGCCGAGUGCCAGGCUUGGGGUGACCCCCACUACAUCACCCUGGAUGGGAAGCGCUUUGACUUCCAAGGCGCCUGCGAGUACCUGCUGAGCGCUCCCUGCGAGACGCCGCCCGCGGGGACCGAGAACUUCACGGUCACAGUGGCCAACGAGCACCGGGGCAGCCAGGCCGUCAGCUACACCCGCAGCGUUACCCUCCACAUGUACAAGCACAGUCUGACCCUCAGUGCCCAGUGGCCCCGGCAGCUGCAGGUGGACGGCAAGCUCUCGUCGCUGCCCUUCUACCUGGACUCGCGCCUGCACGCCUACCUGAGCGGCGCCGACGUGGUGGUGAUGGCCGCCAACGGGCUCACGCUGGCUUUCGACGGAAACAGCUUCGCGCGGCUGCACGUGCCGGCGGCGUACGCGGGCGCCCUCUGCGGCCUGUGUGGGAACUACAACAAGGACCCCGAGGACGAUCUGGACAAGAACCCCGGGAACUGGCAAGUGGGCGGUGCCUCCGGCUGCGGGGAGUGCGUGCCCGGGCCGUGCCCGCCACCGUGCACCCCAGAGCAGCAGGGUGCCUUCGCCGGCCCUGACGCCUGCGGCGUGAUCUCGGCCCCGGACGGCCCCCUGGCACCCUGCCACGGCCUCGUGCCCCCCACCCAGUACUUCCAGGCCUGCCUGCUGGACACCUGCCAGGCCGAGGGCCAUCCCGGAGCCCUCUGCCCUGCCGUGGCCGCCUACGUGGCAGCCUGCCAGGCCGCUGGAGCCCAGUUGGGCGAGUGGAGGCGGCCGGACUUCUGCCCCCACCAGUGCCCGGCCCACAGCCACUACGAGCUCUGUGGUAACUCCUGCCCGCUGAGCUGCCCCAGCCUCUCGGCGCCCGAGGGCUGCGAGCCAGCCUGCCGUGAGGGGUGCGUCUGCGACGCUGGCUUCGUGCUCAGUGGCGACACCUGUGUACCUGUGGGCCAGUGCGGCUGCCUCCACCAAGGCCACUACUACCCGCUGGGCCACACCUUCUACCCAGGCCCCGAGUGUGAACGGCGCUGUGAGUGUGGCCCAGGAGGCCAAGUCCACUGCCAGGAGGGCGCCGCCUGUGGGCCCUACGAGGAGUGCCUGGUGGAGAAUGGUGUCCAGGCCUGUCACCCCAAGGGCUGUGGCCGCUGCCUGGCCAGCGGGGGCAUCCAUUACGUCACUCUCGAUGGGCGUGUCUAUGACCUGCACGGCUCUUGCUCCUAUGUCCUGGCGCGAGUCUGCCGCCCGCAGCCUGGGGAUGAAGACUUUGCCAUCGUGCUGGAGAAGGAUGCGGCCGGAGACCCCCAGCGCCUGGUGGUCAUGGUGGCUAGCCACGUUGUGAGCAUGGCUCGGGGGAUGCAGGUCUCCGUGGACGGCGAGACGGUGACUGUGCCCGUGGCGGUGGGCCCUGUGCGGGUGACGGCCGAGGGCCGCAACUUGAUUCUGCAGUCCGCCAAGGGGCUGCGGCUGCUAUUUGACGGCGGCGCCCACAUCCUCAUGUCCAUCCCCAGCCCCUUCCGCGGCCGCCUCUGCGGCCUCUGCGGGAACUUCAACGGCAACUGGAGCGACGACUUCCUCCUGCCCGACGGCCACGCGGCCCCCAGCGUGGAGGCCUUCGGCGCCUCGUGGCGCGCGCCCAGCUCCUCCCCGGGCUGCAGCGAGGGCUGCGGGCCCGGCGGCUGCCCCGUGUGCUCCGCGCAGGAGACGGCGCCCUAUGAGAGCAGCCAGGCCUGCGGGCAGCUGCUGGACUCCCAGGGCCCCUUCGCAGCCUGCCACAAAGUCCUGAACCCCUCGGAGUACUUCCGCCAGUGCGUGUACGACAUGUGCGCCCAGAAGGGUGACGUCGCCUUCCUGUGCCGCAGCCUGGCCGCUUACACGGCAGCCUGCCAGGCCGCCGGCGUGACCCUAAAGCCCUGGAGGACCGACCGCUUCUGUCCUCUGCAGUGCCCGCCCCACAGCCACUACUCCAUCUGCACGCGCUCCUGCCAGGGCUCCUGCGCCGCCCUCUCCGGCCCCACGGGCUGCACCACGCGCUGCUUUGAGGGCUGUGAGUGCGACGACCGUUUCCUCCUGUCCAACGGAGUCUGCGUCCCCGCCGGCGACUGUGGCUGCACUCACGAUGGCCGGUACCUGCCGGUGAACUCCUCCCUGCUGACCUCCAACUGUGGUGAACGCUGCUCCUGCUCCCCAAGCGCUGGCCUCACAUGCCAGGCAGCCGGCUGCCCCGGAGACCGAGUGUGUGAGGUUCAGGCCGGAGUCCGGGACUGCUGGCGCCCCCGUGGCCUCUGUUCCCUCUCUGCGAACACCACCCUCACCACCUUUGAUGGCGCCCACAAUGCCAUCAGCUCCCCUGGCAUCUACGAGUUCUCUUCCCUGUGCCCAGGACUGCGGAAGACCAGUCCCUGGUUCCGCGUGGUCGCUGACGUCCAGUUCUGCCACGACAAGGCGGAAGCCGUGAACCAGGCUCACGUCUUCUUCCGGGACGGGGUGAUCACUGUCACCCCGAACCACGGCGUGUGGGUGAACGGACGCCGAGUAGAUCUCCCAGCUGAUGUGUUAACAUCUGUGUCCGUGAGUCUGGCACUUGAUGGCUCUGUGGUACUCAAGCAGAAGGCAGGAGUCCAGGUGACUCUUGGGACCAAUGGGAAGUUGCUUGUAAUGGUCAUCGAUGAGCGCCGGGGAAUGUUGUGUGGCGCCUGUGGGAACUUUGACGGGGACCAGACCAAUGAUGGGCAUGACUCCCAGAAGCCGGCGAUGGAGAAAUGGAGAGCAAAGGACUUCUCCUCAUGCUACAACUGAUCGGUCACCCGACAGGAAUGCAGACCUCAGGACCUGAUCCCUUGGAGGUUUCAAUGAUUGAAGGAUACAUUGGGUGCCUCUACCCUCUUCUGCCCCUUCACUGAGCCAGGGAGGGUGAGUGCAAGAGCCCUGAAUAAAUACUGUACACCAAGCUCCA